GAUUUUACCAAUCUACUAAAAACUACACAUUUUGAAAAAAAAAAAAUUUAAAAAUAGUCAAUUCUAAGUAUAUUUUUUAAACAAAAUGCGCGUAAUGAAAAAAUGAAGUUUUUGAAGUUUUUCGCCGAUAACUUCCAAACGAAGUCCGUCCGACCUUUUUUUAUUUUAGAUUCUUAUAAAGCACCUAAAAACACAUAUUUUAAAAAAAACAAAACCUAAAAAAUCGAUAGGUUGCUAAACUAGAAUUAUGCCGGUACAUUAAACAUAAUUACCAUACUACCAUUUUAGAUCUAGAAAAUCAUAUAAAAAUAAGCUUGAACAUUUGAAAUUGAAACUUGAAAAUCAUUUAGAUAUUAAAGAACUUUAAUUUAUGAAAAAUCAUAAUUAAUAACGAGAAUUUGAUAAAAAAAAAAUACUAUCGAAAACUAUCGAUAGUUAUCGAUAGUCCAACUACAAAUAAUCGGAAAUUAUCGAUAGUCAUGACUAUCGAUUUUUCUCCACCACUACUUGGAGCACCACACAUUAAUUAUUGCAAUAGUCAUUUCGUAUUUCACCUUAUCAGUAGUCGAUGUGCAACCUGUAUAUCUUUAAUCGUGCUUGCUACCCACGAUCACAAUAAAAAAUUUUAUUAACAAUUUUUUUAAUAAUUUCCACAAUAAAUAUCGUGAAUAGACGUCUAUCUUAAUAGACUAUCUAAAAUCGUGGUCCAGGGCCGAGGCCCUGACGUUGAUAAGAAUUAACACAUACAUACAUACUCUUCCUAACGAGCAAUCAGUGUGACCAGUCUAUAAAACUAAACUUAUUAUACGCCGGUUCGCCACAAAUGAAAUGACGCUCAUCAAAUGAAUAAAUAAUGAUAACCGAUAAGAAUUAUUGCGUGCUCCAGGAAGAUGGCCGCCGCCGAGUCACGAUUUUGUUUACAUCUAUAAAAGUGUCCUUUGGUUGUGACCAUUUUGACGACGCCACGACGGUUAACGCUCAUAAAAGUAAAACACCGCGCACUGUGCAAACUUUACACGUACACUUACAUACACUUACGUAGUUACGUCUUACUCGGAGUAUAAUUUUGGGAAAAUCGUCGCCAGUCGGCACUCGCGACACGCCCAUUCGCGAUUUGCCAUCGGCCAACACUACUAUUGAAGAAUAAACAUAAUUUUACUUAUUUUUGUUAUGUAUUAACGUUUUGUCUUUUGUGAAAUAAAUAUCGUUGGUGCAAAUUAUUGGAGAUUGUAUGUCAUAUAACACCAGUAGUAAGUAUCUUUACCUAAUUUAAAACAAGCAAUUAAGAGGAUAAUUCAAUAUGAAACCGUUAAGAAGAACAAAUGACGAUUGCAAGAUAAAUUCCAAGUAUGAUGAUAUAAUUCACAGUUCUAAAGUGUUGUCAAUUCCACUUAUUAGAUGCGAUGAUCCAGUAUUUAAUGGCAUUAUCAAACAGGAAAAUAUUGAUAAUCAAGUAUUUAAUGGAAUGAUAAAAGAGGAAACUAUUGAUGAACCAAACCAUCAUAAUUAUAGUCAAUUAUUACAAAAAGGAACGAAAACUGAAGAAAAAAGAAACACAAUUGAUACCGAAAUUAAAGUAGAAAUGGAUUUUAUUGAUUGUUUUCAAUUUGAAGGAACAGUAUUAAACCAAUGCAACUCUUCAGAACUCUUUACUCAUAGGAAUUCGAACUUUACAUCUAACUGUUUAAGGACAAAUCCAUUGACUGAAAAAUGUGAUAAAAUGUCUACAGCAUCCAAUUUAACUGUGCAUACAAGAAUGCAUACCGGAAAAGAGCCGUAUAUAUGUGAUAUCUGUAAUCACAUUUUUUCUCGGAAAACAAAUUUAAUAACUCAUAUGAAGAUGCAUACCCUCAGAAAGCCAUAUAAAUGUGAUAUCAGUGAUAAGGGGAUUUCUACAGCAUCCAUUUUAACUGUGCAUACAAGAAAACACACCGAAGAAAGGCUGUUUAUAUGUGAUAUAUGUGAUAAGCAUUUUUCUAAAAAAUCUUCUUUACCAAGGCAUAUAAGGACACAUACCGGUAAAAAGCCGUAUAAAUGUGACAUCUGUGAUAAAAAGUUUUCUGUAGCAUUCAAUUUAACUGUACAUAAACGAAUACAUACCGGUGAAAGACCAUUUAAAUGUGAUUUAUGUGAUAAGCGGUUUCCUCACAAAUCUGCUUUAAUAACGCAUAUAUGUACACAUAUCGGUGUCAAGCCGUAUAAAUGUGAUAUGUGUGAUAAGCGGUUUUAUAGAUCAUUUAAUUUAACAACGCAUAUGAGGACUCAUACCGGUGUCAAGCCGUAUAAUUGUGAUAUCUGUGAUAGGAUGUUUUCUUUAUCAUCCAAUUUAGCAAGACAUACAAGGGUACAUACUGGUGAAAAGCCGUAUAAAUGUGAUAUCUGUGGUAAAAAGUUUUCUACAGUAUCCGUUUUAGCAAGACAUACAAGGGUACAUACUGGUGAACAGCCGUAUAAAUGUGAUAUCUGUGGUAAAAAGUUUUCUACAGCAUCCAUUUUAACUGUGCAUAAAAGAAUACAUACCGGUGAAAGACCAUUUAAAUGUGAUUUAUGUGAUAAGCGGUUUUCUUACAAAUCUGUUUUAACAACGCAUAUAAUGACACAUAUCGGUGACAAGCCGUAUAAAUGUGAUAUGUGUGAUAAGCGGUUUUGUAGAUCAUUUGAUUUGAAAACGCAUAAAAGGACGCAUACCGGUGUCAAGCCGUAUAAAUGUGAUAUGUGUGAUAAGCAGUAUUAUAGAUCAUCUAGUUUAACAACGCAUAUGAGGACUCAUACCGGUGUCAAGCCGUAUAAAUGUGAAAUCUGUGACAAGGAGUUUACCGUACUAUCCAGUUUAACAAGGCAUACAAGGAAACAUACCGAUGAAAGACCAUAAGAAAGUGAUAUCUGUGAUAAGCAGUUUUCCAAAAUAUCUAACAAAGCAUUCAAGGACAUAUAAGCCCCUCUCGAACGCGUUUCUUCUGUCAAAGACCUUGGGAUCUACCUAGUUCCUUCUCUUUCUUUCGAACAGCAUAUGAAUAUUACAGUUGGUAGAGCCUUUAAAGUUCUGGGUUUCAUAAAGCACAGCACUAGCCUUUUCACGUCCCCCACUUGUCUUCGUUCUAUCCAUUUCUCUAUUGUCCGCUCUAUUUUGGAAUAUGGAAUAGUUGUAUCGUACCCAUAUUAGGCUAAAGACCAAUUACGUUUGGAGCGAGUUCAAAACCGAUUACUGUCCUACGUUGCUUUUCUGCUCAAGAUUUAUCGCCCGCCCCAUGACUAUUCAUCCAUUAGAUCUUUCCUAAAUAUCCCUCUUCUUGCUCCGUGUAGAUGCUGACCUUUCAUUUAUAACCUCUCUUUUUAAUGGCACAGUUGAUGCCCCUCACCUUCUCUCUUCUAUCUCUUUCCACGUUCCCGUACAUUAUGCUAGAAAUCACUCCUUUACCUUGUCCCCUCUCACCGUUCCAACUACUCUCAUAACCAUCCUUUACACAGAAUGCUUCGCCUACUCAAUAACUCCUAGAUCCAUACAUGAUAUAUUGAAUUUAUAAAUUAACAUAAGUUAGUUACUUUUUAGUUAUAUUGUACCCUAUAAUGUAGUGUUUAUAAUGGUACUAAAUAUUUAGUUAGAUUGCGCUAUGAAUAACUGUGUUUCACCUUUUUUUUUUUUUUGUAAGAUUAUUUUAAUCACUAUUAUUAUUAUAAUUUUUCCUUAAUUAGAUUGUAUUGUAUCUCUUAGUAUUUCCAAUUGGUGUUGAAUAAACAAAUAAAUAAAUACUACUGUUCCUAUUGAUAAAAAUCGUUUAGAAAAAAAAAUAUAUAUUUUUAAUGUAGCUGUCGAUGAGGAUCUUUUAUACGAAAUACGUACUCGAUAAAUGAACUCAAUUUGUAUCGCUAUACAAGAUAUAAGGUACUCUAUACUUCCUAAAUUGUACAGGAUAUCAGAUACAAUAUUGUUCAUUUGUACCUAAGAUACUUGUAUAUUUGUAUCGAAGUUACUGUCUAGCCCAGCAGUCUAUAGGGGUAUAGGGCACCGAACAGUUAUAUUAUUAUGCAACUAUGUUUCAGCCACGUGCCUACUGGCCUUAAUUGUUCGCCUCAACUGGCUCAGAUACCGACGACUAAAUGGCGAACUCCGAGUCCACCGUGGCACCGUCUACAUCGCAUAUUAUCAUGUGUAGCACUAAGGCGAUUUCUAUACUUUUUAAUGACAAAGCAGAAAACCCAGAUUCACAUAUUAAGUAUGUGGUUGGAAAUGGUAAUAACUAAUAAUGCAUUUUCAGAUUCUCUAAUACUAAUAUGCGUACUUAUGUAUACUAAACUACUUUUUUCUUGAAAAUGAAAUGAAUAACUAAUAUUAAUAUAUAAGUUAUGUUUUCAUGACCCCUCAUAAAAACCUCUGCGACCCUAAUUUGGGUCCCAACCCAAGGUUGGGAAGCGGUGGUCUACCCAGUCAUAUUCCGCGUCAUAUCGGGGCCCGAACACCAGACCGAAUUCCCUCACGGAUACCGGCUGGUAAAAUCAUUUGUGUGCGCCACGAGUGUCAUCUCGCCAAACAAUAACCUAUUACAUUAAAUACAUUUCAUGCAUAUUUUAUUAUCAUCUUGUGCUCGUCUUCUGUGAAUUGCCUUCUGUAAGUAUCGUUUAGUCAUUUGAUCUGUUCAACCAUUUAAUAUUAUUCCCCAAUUCAGGGUGAAACACUAGGUAUAUCGCAACGUGUUAACGCGUCUCAUGAACACUAUAAACAAUGGACAUGGUCCAGAGCUUGAAACCGUUAUCAAAAAUGUCGGUUACCGCUAGGAAAUUCUAUAGUGGUAAACGUUGCAUAGGGGCGUGGCUUCAUUACGAUCACAAAAAACAUCGAAAAAUCUUUUGCCACCAGCAGUCUAUUUCGGACGUCAGACUGUGCGUCAACCUUGGAGGUAGGUCGAGAUCAAAAUUCGUGCUGAGCGGAUUUUCUAUGGAGGUAAUAUUUUCGAACUUGUGUUUUUUCCGAGUGAUUUUGCCACUUACAAUCUAAUUCGAUGUGGCUUUUAAUUAAAUAUGUUUGUAACAUUUAUAUAAUAUAAACAUUAUAAUAAAACUAUGUUUCUAAGCUCAUAUAUAUGUUUUCACAUCUUCUGAGGGUCGCUUGAGACACACAUUUUUAAUAACAUUUAUACGAAAAUAGUCCUUAUUGUUUCAAAAUCCAUAAUUAUUUGUGUUUUUCAAACUUUGAAUAACUUUUUUUGAAGUUCCAAUAAAGAAAAAAUAAAAACGAUAAUGCCCAGCAAAAGUUCUCGUUUUUAUGUGGUGAAAAUUUCGGUUCUUAGUUAUGACUGUCAUCUGUAGCGUUCUCAGUUCUUUUCCGUGCAAAACAGCUAGUUUUUGGUAUAUUGCACAUUUGAAAGACGGAGAGCCACAAUGUGCGGGUGCGAUGUCCUCUUAAAAUACUACCUACAUCUAGACAAGCCUUGUCUAGGCGUAGUAUAAGGUCUAUAAUCUAAACAACACACAUGCACAGUGAUAGGAAAAAUACCCAAGCUUGGGUUAACGUGCUUUUUUAUGAAUUAUUCCGUGUUUGGAGAGAACGUCGUUCAUAUAUAGUGAACGAUAGGUAUGUGAACGUCGCUCGUUUUUUGCAAAUAGAACGUGAACGUGAACGAGGUUUAUAUUUUUAAUGAA